AUGAUCCCCAGUGCUGCGUUGUUCGAAAGGCCACAAAUGCCUCCUGCGAGGCACCUGUUGCAAUUCAAAGCAGGAAAAAUGACUCAGGACAGUGAUAAUUGGGUUCAUGCGGACCCAAGAAAGGGUUGGGUUUAUGUUUAUCAGUCAGGCGAUGGAAGAUUGCACUUCACAUGGAUUGAUAGGAAGACGUGCUUGGUUGAAGACGAUUUCGUUAUUGCACCAAAGCAAGGUGAAUUCAAGAAAGUAAUGCAAUGCACCACUGGCCGCGUUUAUUUGCUCAAGCUCAAAGGCCCAAAACGUUUCUUUAUAUGGAUGCAGGCAUGUUUUUUAAAGGAGCCUAAUACAAAGAAAGACGAUGAUAUUUGUACCAAAAUCAACGAUUAUAUCGAGUUUGUCCCUGCACAAACGAAUACACAAAUACAUCCUCAGGUGCCGCUAUUUGUGAUAUUCACUUAUAUCGUGCAAUGUCCCUUAACGCCAGUUGGAUCGAUCCCGAGAUCAUCACAGUGCGAUUGUUCUUUCAUUCUCACUCGUGUCCUCGCACGGCUGAGUUUCCCUCUUACCCUCUGA